GUAACACUACUGAAGUAUGGCGUCCACGAGGCCAUCUUCGCCAUGCUGCCCUCCCUCAUGAACAAAGAUGGCCUCCUGGUGGCCAACGGGAAGGGCUUUGUGACCCGGGAGUUCCUGAGGAGCCUCCGUAAACCCUUCAGUGAGAUCAUGGAGCCCAAGUUUGAGUUUGCUGUGAAGUUCAAUGCUCUGGAGCUGGAUGACAGUGACCUGGCUCUGUUCGUGGCCGCUAUCAUCCUGUGUGGAGGUAUGGUGUACUUCUGUACUAGUAGUAACUCUGACACUAGUACUGUUCUGCCCUGAUAACCCUGACCUUAACGUUGUUCGUAGCUGCUAUCAUCCUGUGUGGAGUUGAGGGGAGCUCUUUCUCAAUUAAUCUUUCCCUAGAUUCCUGGUAUCCUCUCGCCUCCUCAAAACACAUUGGAGAGGAAGGUCCGAGGGGAGGGAACAUUACCUUUUUUUUCUUCCAAUAUGGUUGAGGAGGAGGUGAAGAUAUGAUGCGAGGAAUAGCGGAAAGGUUGUGCUAUUAGUUGGUAACUUUCACGUCUGUGAUCUAACUAUUCUCGAUCUAUCUGCAGACCGUCCAGGGCUGAUGAACGUGAAGCAGGUAGAACAGAGUCAGGAUGGUAUUCUCCAGGCUUUGGACCAGCACCUACAGGCAAACCACCAGGACUCCCUCUACCUCUUCCCCAAGCUGCUGAACAAGAUGGCCGACCUCAGACAGCUGGUCACAGAGAACACCCUGCUGGUGCAGAAGAUCAAGAAGACCGAGUCUGAGACCUCUCUGCACCCACUACUACAGGAGAUCUAUAAGGACAUGUACUGA